AUGUGCUGCGACUUGUUGAAGGAACUUCUCGAGAAGCUGCGCGGAGUUCCUACAAUCACCAUUGGUGGUUGGUGUUUUCAGUUGGAGAUGGAAGGAGUGCCAGUGUCAAAAUGUCAGAAUCUGAUACUAGAGGCACCGGUUAGUCAACUGAACCUUCCCGGGAUAGCAUACAUGCUGCGAAGUUCACAGGGCCUGGAAAAAUUAGUCAUACACCUGACUAACCUCCCCCGAUCGAAGGUUCAGCUUGAGCUUGAUGAAGAAUCUGAGGAUCGCGUUAACUUUGACAAAGAAGAAUUAUUGUGCUUACGGAAGGGGAAUUUGGGAUGUUUGGCAGAACAUCUCAAGAGAGUUGAGAUCAGCGGCAUUGGAGCUGAUAGAUUUGGGUCAAACCAUCUGCUCGCCCUGAUUAAGUUUCUUCUCGGGGAUGCACUUGUGCUGGAGAAGUUGGUUAUCGAGGUUAAAUUGCCCACACACUUUGUUCCGCGCAAACUACUUGGUGCAGAUUUCGAAAAGCGUCCGAAAAUGCUGAGGUUAUCUUCGAUUGGUGUCUUGGUAUAAGCAUGUGAAAGUCCGGGUUUCUCGUUGAUCUCAUGGCUACGCUCAUUUGUAUUAACACUCUUUUCACGGUAAAGUUACGUGAAGCGACUGUAUUAAGUUUUUAACACUUAUCUAAUUUACUCUUGUUUCAAUUUUUAUUCUAGUUGUAAACAUGAUCCUAUCGAGGAAAGAGGAUCAUAUAAGUGUUUUGGUUCAAGGGGAUUUUUUUCCGACAAAAAAGUCUGCAAUCGGAACUAAACCGUAUUCCCUCGUUCGAUGUGGUUCGACUUUUGGAAAACCUUGGCGUGGCAUUUUUUCUUUACUAACAGUCAAGACAUAUAAAAUAAAUAAAUGAAGAGUCACGUGUUACUCUCCGU